AUGCAGUAUAACAAAUUGGUCAAUACACUUUUGGAUGCUUUUACAAAAGAAUAUCCAAAAAGGAGAUUUCUUUUAACUAAACUUCUUGGUUCUGGUGCGGAAGGAGGAGCCUUUCUUGCUUCCGCCUCUGAUUGGAGCAAUAAUCCUUAAUAAGUAGUAAUUAAAAUACAAAAAAACAUGAAACCUAAUGAAAAAUAAUUUCUUAGUUCUUUAAUAGAGUACCAAAAUUUAUAUGAAAAUGGAAAUAAUUAAUAAUAUCUUCCUACUUAUUUAAUCAGAAUAUAUGAAUAUUUUUAAUGGUAAAAGAAUCAUUGCAUUGUUAUGGAAGUUGGACAAGAAGAUUUAUAUCGUUUCAUAAAUAACAGUAGGAAUGUAUCAAUAUAAGAAAAAGUACAAAUUUGUUUUUAGGUAAAUAUUUUAAUAAAUAUAAUUAUAGAUUAUUUACCCAAUUCUAUUUCUACAUUAAUAGAAGUUAAUCCAUCGAGAUAUUAAACCAGAAAAUUAUAUUAAAGUAGGAAAUGUUUUUAAACUUAUUGACUUUGGUUUAAUUAGGAGUUCGUUAUCUGAUGUUAAAACUUUAUAAGUUGGUAGUACAAUAUUUCAAGCACCAGAAAUUCUAGAAAAUAGAAGUGAUUAUACAGAUAAAGUUGAUAUCUGGUCAUUAGGAUGUGUUUUUUAUGAAAUAUUAUAAACUUAACCUUUGUUUGAUGGUAUAAAUAAAUUUAUAAUCUUAGGAUAAACUCAUUAAGAAGUAACUAAAAAUAUUAAAAAUCAUAAAACCUACCCAGUUCCUGUUAAUAAUAAAAUCAAUUAAUUAUAAAUUUCAUAAUAAUUUAAAACCAUUUUAACUUCAAUGCUAAUUUAUGAUGAAAAGAAAAGGCCAUCAAUAUAAUAAGUUUAUGAUGAAUUCAAAAGUUACUUAAAUCCAUAACCUAAAGUAAUUCCAUAAAUUAUACCCAAACCAGAUAUUCCAUAACCAUUAUAACAAUAAGAAAAUAAUUAACAACAAUAAAUUAAGACUCAAAAUACAAAUUCUGCUAAUAAAUCUGAAAAUAAUAGUUCUGAAUAAUAAAAUUAAAUUAUCCAAAAUAAAGAACUUAAUUAAAAUUAAUAAUAACCAAAGGUUGACUAGAUUAAAUUAGAAGAAUUUAAUUAAUACUAAUUAAUUUAGAUAUAAAAAAUUGUUGAUAGCAUGGUAGAAUCAAAACUUAAGGACACUUAAAAUUAAUUAAUCUAAAGAGAAUAGUAAAUUAAUUAGUUAAAUUAGAAAAUAUCAGAUAUAACUGAUGUUAUGAAUAAAAAACAAUAAGAGGAAUAUGAAAACUAGAAUAAAAGAAAUCAAUAUAAUUAAGAUAAAUUAAAAGAAAUUGAAUCUUAAGUAUAAUCAAUAUAAUAGCAAAAGUCUAAUAAUGAAAUAUAUAAUUAAGAUGAGAAAUUCUAAUAAUCCCAGUCAGAAAUAAUGAUAGUAUAGUAAUAAUUAAAAUAAAUAUAAGAAUAAUAACACUAAUUGUAGAAUAUAGUAUAAUAAAGCCAAUAAAAAACUUAAUAAAUAAUUCAAGAAAAUUAUAAGUUGUUUAAAGAAUAAGAAGUUAAACUUUAAGAAUUCUUAGACAAAAAUAUUUAAGAAUAAAAUUAAUAAUUGACUAUAAAAUUCAAUGAAAUAUAGAUAGAAUUAAGAAGCUAAAAGGAUAAAUAAUUUGAAAUAAAUAAUCAAUAUGCGAAUAUUGAAUAAGAUUAUUCAAAAAAAAAAUAAGAAAUAUAAAAUAUUACUGUUUAAUGUGAAGAAAUUAUUAAAACAAAAAAUGAAAUUAAAAUUUAAUAGGAAAAACUAUAAAAUUCAUUGGAGAAGCUAACUUAGUCAAAUUUAUCUAAUUAAAAUAAAAUUGAUUAUUAAGGUAAAUAGAUAAGCGAAAUCAAUAAUCAAGUAUAAAAUGCAACUAAUCAAAAUCAAAACAAUAAUUAAGCAUAAUAAUAAUAUGGUACUGAUAAUCAAGAGUAAAAUCAAACUUAACAAAAUCAAAACAAUAAUUAAGUAUAAUAAUAAUAUGGUAUUGAUAAUCAAGAGUAAGAUCUAACUAAACAAAAUCAAAGCAAUAAUUAAGUAUAAUAACAAUAUGGUAUUGAUAAUCAAGAGUAAAAUCAAACUUAACAAAAUCAAAACAAUAAUUAAGUAUAAUAACAAUAUAGUAUUGAUAAUCAAGUAUAAAAUCAAACUUAAAAAAAUCAAAACAAUAAUUAAGUAUAAUAAUAAUAUGGUAUUGAUAAUCAAGAGUAAGAUCUAACUUAACAAAAUCAAAGCAAUAAUUACGUAUAAUAAUAAUAUGGUAUUGAUAAUCAAGUAUAAAAUCAAACUAAACAAAAUCAAAGCAAUAAUUAAGUAUAAUAACAAUAUGGUAUUGAUAAUCAAAUGUAAAAUCAAACUUAACAAAAUCAAAACUAUAAUUAAGUAUAAUAAGAAUAGUAAAAUAUUGAUAAUCAAGGAUAAGAUCUAACUAAACACAAUGAAAUUAUUAAUUAAGAAGAAGUUAAUAAUCCUAUUUUAAAUAAUGAUGAUACUUAAAAUAUCUAAAAUGAAGUUAAUAAAUAAAAUGAUAGUUUCAGAUUAUUACUUGAUUAAGAAGAUAGCUAAAUCAAAUAAUAUAUGUAAGAAAAUCAAUGUGUUAUGCAAUAAUUAAAAUAAUAAGAUUUAAAAGAUAAAUUAAUAAAUUAAGUUAUGGUUAAUGAACUCAAUAUAAAUAAUUAAUUAAGUUCUCAAUAAUAAACUUACGAUUAAAAAUUAUCAAAAUCUUAACAAUAAUUAAGUUAUUAAUUAUCAAAUAAUUAAGUAUGCAACAAUUAAAUAAAUGAAGUAUAAAUUAAUGAAUCUUAUGUAGACAAUCCUUAGUUAAAUAUAUUAUCAACACAAGACUAAAAGAAUCUCUUUGAAAAUAUAAGAACUGAAUUACAGAAAUAAAUUAAUGAUAUUUUAUUAGUUUAAGAAAAUAAAAAUAAUGAUUAGUUAAAUUUUAUUAAAGAAUAACACUAAAGUCAAAUUAAUAAUUUAAAUAAUGAAAUUGAAGAUUAAAAUAAUUAAUUAAAAAAUAUCACAUAGGUUUCUUCAAUAGAAAAAGAAUAAUUAAAUAUCGAAAUUGUAGAUUUGAAGAAUCAAAUAGAAAAUAUAAAAUAAAGCUCUGAAAAAGAAAAAGAAUAAUAAAAUCUUAGAAAUAGUCAAAUGGAAAAUAGUAACCAAGAGUUAAAAAGAUAAGUAGAAUAAUUAAAUGAAAGUCUUAAUUAAUAAAAAUCAUAAUUUUAAGAAUUGUAAUAAAAUAGUUAAAAAGAAUUGAAUGAUUUGAAAUCAGAGUUAGUAGUGUGUUAAUAGACAAGUUAAGCAGAAAAAUUAAGACAAAGUAAGGAAAUUGAUGAAUUGAAUGGAAAAAUACAAAAGUAUGAAGAUGAUAACAAGAUUCAAAAUGAAAAAAUUAAAAAGUAUGAAGAAGAUAACAAGAUUAAAAAUGAAAAAAUAAAAGAGCUUGAAGAAUAGAGUUUAAAUAAAAAUUAAGAAUUACAAAAAUUAAAUUAAGAAAAUUAAAAAUUUAAAGACGAUUUAAAUUAAGCAAUAUAACCUUAAAACCAGGUGAACGCCUUAAUUGAAUUCUUUAAAUAGAAGUAGAAUAUAGAUGAUUUUAUGGAAAUAAAUAGUGAAAAAUAUAUGGAAUUGGUUACUGUGUUAAGUUCAAAUAAUUGA